AUGAGAGGAAAUAAUCCUAAAGAUGAGGCCUCUCAGUUAUUUGAAAUCAUUUCACAGAGAUUUCUACAACCAGUUCAAUCAGUGCAACAAGCAGAUCAAGUGUUUGAACUCUUUAUCAACGAAUAUAAUUCAACAAAACAAGAACUUCAAACGUUGACAGAGCGCAUAAGUAGAAAAUAUGAAUCCAACAUUAAAUUACUUACCCAAAAGCUCAAAAGAUCAAAGAGCAACAUCGAAGAUUUAGAAAUUCAGUUAUCAACUGCACAACGAGAUGCUGAAAAUGCUAAAAAACAAGCAAAUGAACAGAGCAAGAUUACCGAAGAAGCAACAUACAAGAUAAAUAGACUCGAAUCUACUAUUGAACACUUAAAAUUACAAAUCAAUCUUAUCACAACACCGGUAGUUCCUCAAAAUCAAGAAACUUCAGCUCCAGAGAUGUUAGAAGAUAUGAUAGAAGAACAAAAUAAGGAAAUUACUGCUCUUUCUAAACAAAGAGAAUCGAUCCUUAAAUUAUUCCAUCGUUAUGAUCAAAUUAUUAGUGAAUCAGAGCAAAGAUCGCAAGAACUUAUAUCUACAAACAAUACACUCAAAGAAAAACUUACUGAUCUCGAAGUGAAACUAAGUAAUUCAAAUAAUGAACUAAAUAAUCUAGCGAAAGAUCUCGAUGGAAAGAUCUGUGAAGACGUAAGAAGUAUGCUUAACCAUGAAAAGCUCAAAGGACCUAGUGAUUUCAUAGAAGAAAUCGUAAGAGUUGCAAAUGAACUUUCAAAGUCCAAGAAAACAGCUUCUCCAAGCAGUAAUAAGUCUCAAAAGAGUGAUACAGAAGUAUAUGCACAAAUACUUGGUCGUCUUGAAGAUACAAUGAGAUGGAUCUUGUAUGGUGAAAAAUUUUCAGAUGAAAUCUUAGUCAGAGACGAAAAAGUCAGAUCUAGAUUACUUUGUGAAUGCACAAGAAUCGAAAAGUUCAUUGAUGAGAAGAUGUAUGGUUUAGAUAUCAAAGAAUUACCUCAACAAUUAACAAUGUUUUCACCAGACGCAUUUUCUAGUGUCAAAUUACAGCUUAAUGAGUUAUUCAAGUACGGCGACAAGUCAAUAAUGAACAAUGGACAAGUAAGAACUCUCUUUGUUCUGUUUGCAGUUGUUUGUCUUGUCAACAAACAAAUUUGUGAGAAGAUUUCUGACAUGUCAGAAAUUGUCAAAUGUGCAGAAAAUCUUCAAAACCAGUCAUCAACAAUCCGUAAGCUUAACGAAGAGAACAGACAACUCAAGAACAAACUAAAUGAAGAGAAAGAGGUCAAACCAGUUGAAGUCAAACAAAAUACUCAAAAUGAAAAAGAUUACCAUGAUGAAUAUGAACAAGAAAAGGAGAAGAAUGAAGAAUUACAGAAGAAGAACAAUGAGCUCAACAACAAAAUCAGAAAUCUUGAGAUAGAACUCAAUAACAUCCAAGAGAAAUCACAAGAACACAUUACUAACCAUAAAAUUGACAACGAAGCAGCGAAUGAUCAAAUCUCAGAAUUGUCUAAGAAGAAUGAAGAAUUGACAGAAACAAUUAAAGAAAUGAAGAGCAACAUGAACAAAAUUAUGCGUAAGACAUCAAAGAAUUUAACAUCACUUGAAUCAGAACUCCAAACAGAAAAAGAAAAGAACAAAACAGUUGAAUCUCAAGUCGAGCUUCUUGCAGAAGAAAACAAAUAUCUGAAUAACGAAUUAGAAGAAAUGAAGUCUCAAAACAAGUUGUUGAACAAUGAUAUCGAAAAUUAUUCUAAUCAAGUCAUUUCUUUGAAAGUAUCUAAAGAAAAUCUUCAUGACAAAUUACAACGAAUUCAAGCUAAAUUAUACAAGAGAAUCAAAGAUCUUGAAAGCGAGAUCGAAACAUCAAAAUCAGAUUAUUUAUUGCAAAUUGGUAAACUUCAAAACGACAUUGUUAUUGAAAAGAAUGUCCAGAAAUCACUUCAAGAAACAAUUGAUAAACUCAUUGAGCAAAAGAAGUGUUUAGUUGAAGCAAACACAAAGAUCACGUUAAGUGAGAAAUCUCUUCGAUUAAAACUUCAACAACAAGAAGAAACGCAUAAAGUUGAUCUGAAUAACAGGGAAACCAAAACAAAUAUUGUUAUUCAAUCAAUCAAAUCUCAAUUGUCUUCAGAGAUUAAUAACUUAACAGAGAAACAGAAUCAGAUAAAGAAAGAAUUGAUGUCAAUUCUAAACUCAACAGAGAAUCCGGCAAAAGUCGAUGUUUUCGAUUUGAUUGAACAAAUAAACAGAAAGAUUUCAACAACAGAUAGCGAUUUAUCAAUUUCAAAUGACGCAAAACAAGUUAAAAUACAUUGCAAGAUUCUUCCUCAAGAUUCAAUUCUUUCUCAUGUAUUUAAAUUUGAGAAAAAGAUUGAACAAUGCGAAAGAGAUAUUCAAGACAGAAUCAAAGAGAUUGAAAUGUAUAAAACAAAACUAUCAAAAUUGAACGAAACAGAAAAGAAUAUCGUUUUGCUUCGUGAAGAUUUAAAGAGUUGGGAAGGAUGGGCAAGAUCUUUGUUCAUGCAGAUAUCAGAUAGAGGAAUUCCAAAGAAUACAGAUAUAAUGAAGAGAACACUCGAAGAUGCGAUAUUAAAUGACACAAAUGGAACAAAAUGUUUGAGAAAGAUUCAUCAACUCAGAACAGAAAAGAAAAUAUUAUCAUCCAAAUCAAUAUCUCCAUACAUCGAAAAUAAAUCUGAUAAGGAGCCAUCAAUGACAACACUAAUUGUUGUCUUUGCAUCGCUAACAAGAUUUAGAAUGCAAUCAAUAUCUCAUUAA